AUGCGAUUGGACACUGGCCAGCGGUCGUGGACAAAGACGAAGGGCCCGUGCGGGGAGUUGAAGCCCAAGCACUUCAGCGACGAGUCGGUGGCCCUCAUCAAGAAGGUAUACUUUGAGGACUUCAAGAUGAUGGCAGAUCUGGACGCCGAGUACGAGUCUGCUCCGAAGACGCCGCCACUUCCGGCAGAGGAGGUGAUUGAUGACGAUCACCUCAUUCGCGUGCCAGAGCGGACCCUGGUGGGCGAAGAGCGUGAGCUCGAGAAGGCGACCAUGGUAGUUGAUGAUUUGGUUACCUCCGAGGACUUCGAGGUUGAAUUUGAUUUGACUCUGCACAAAGUCUAUACGUCGAAUGUGGGGGGGAUCUUGAAGAUCACCAACACCAGCGGCUGGUACGGGGAGCCCGGCGACAGGAUGCCGGCCUUCUUGUUCGGUUGGAAUUCGUCGAAGAUAAUGACCCACAUGGGUAAGGCUGGAAAGCCGAACGACUUCUGCCAGUCCAAGUAUGGAAUGCCACUGGGCAAGGUUCAGCACAUCCUGGCCCGCUUGCAGGGGUCGGAGUACACAAUGUACGUCAACGGCGAGGAGUCGUGCACGUUGAGAGGCUUCUCCGACGAGGCGAAGUACCCCGCCCAGAGAAAUGUGCAGGUGUGGUUGUACGAUCAGUUCAACGACCCAGGGUUCGCCAGCAUUGCUGGCGGACUUGAGAUACAAAACCCUGGGGUCGUUACCAGCAUGAGGAGGAGUCGGCCCGCUACUCCGACAGGCAGUGCUACAUGUCGUUAA